AUGGAAAUACACAAUGAUAUGGGUUACAGAGUGUAUGUAGAAUUGAAAAAAGAGAACAGAGAAUUUGGGAUGUAUCCUUUGUGUGUAACUACUAUCGAAAAAGUGCUUAUAGACGGAGCAGUUCAAAGGUACGAUUCCGAUACUGAUAAUACACUGGCUAUAGAAUUUGUCAAUUCAGGAGAAGCGAUUGGAGUGUUCGAACUCCACAAGGAUUUGAUAAUUUCAAAAACCAAUCAAAAGGAGGUUAUGGCUGGACAAGUUUAUAAGGAUAAGGUUACAUUGAAAGAGGUGAUGGAGAANUACGCAUUCAUUUGCUUGACUGUUGUUCCCACAUCAGAAUGGGGGUUUGAUCAUUGUAGACCAAUUGUUGUUGUGGAUGGAAGUCACCUAAAAUCUUACUACACCGGGACAUUCGUUUCGGCAAGCACGUUGGAUGGUGCUGGUCAUAUAUUGCCACUAGCAUAUGGUGUUAUUGAUUCAGAGGACGAUUCUGCUUGGACGUGGUUCUUUGAGCAAUUCAAGAUAGCAUACGGUGUAAGGGAAAACAUGUGCAUCGUUUCAGAUAGAAAUGAGAGUAUCAUUAAAUCUGUAUCGAGAGUGUAUCCGGAUGUACCGCAUUUUGCUUGUAUAUGGCAUCUAUGGAACAACGUAUAUAAGAAAUUCAAAAAGAGCCAUGCCAAGUUGAGCGAGAUAUACUUCACGAUGGCAAAAGCAUACACAGAAGCUGAAUUUGACAGUCUAAUGGAGAAGGUGGAGAAGGUAGAUAUUAGGGUGAAAGAAUACUUAGAGUUAGCUGGUUAUAAAAAGUGGGCUAGGUUGUAUGCACCUGUUAACAUGGGAUGGACAAUGACGUCAAAUAUUGCUGAGUCAAUCAAUGCCGCACUAGUUUCAGCAAGGGAGUUGCCAAUAUACGACUUCCUCGAAGAAGUUAGAAAGAUGUUUGGACGUUGGAAUUGUAGUAACUGCAAAGAAGCUACACAGACAUACAAGAUGCUUGGGAAAAAAUACCAGGAGAUGGUGGAGUUGAAUGAGAGAAUGUGUACACGUAUGACGGUGGUACCAUCAAAUGAAUACUUACAUACGGUUAACGAUGGUGGGAGGAAUUAUACAGUCUGCCUGUUAGAGAGAAAAUGUGUUUGUGGGAGGUUCCAAAUUUAUGAAUCGCCAUGCCCACAUGCUUGGGUUGUAUUGAAGAGCAAGUUUCUAAUUCCAGAAGAAUAUUGCUCUAACUAUUACAAACCAAGUACAAUUGUAAUGACAUACGAUGUGCCAGUGUACCCGCUACCGGACAAAAAUGACUGGAAUAUACCAGAACAUGUAGCAGAGGAGGUUGUACUACCACCCAAAUGA